CAUAACCUCACAAAAAUUUAAAGGGAAAAGUCAACAAAAAGGCCAGGAAAGGAUGGCCAAUGUAUCAAUUCAGGAUAUUGAGUCAGUGGACGAUUACUGGGGCCCAACAUUCCGUUCCAUUCUCGAGGGCACGGAUCAGGCAUCCCUUUGCGAGCAAAUCGACGCGAGGAUUCGCAACCACGACAAGGAUAUUGAGAGAAUCUGCAAUAUCUACUACCAGGGCUUCAUUGAGUCCAUCCGCGAGUUACUGCAGGUGCGGACGCAGACGAAGAAUCUCAACAAUGAAGUUCUCAGUCUCAAUGAAUCCCUAGCUGAGGUUUCUUCGGGACUCCUGACGCGUGGCAAGGAGCUCGUCCGGGCACGUCAAGUCGAAGGGAACAUUGCCAAUGCAAUUCAGAGUUUGACAAAUUGCCUCCCAGUGUUGGAGUGCUUCUCAAAGUUGCAGCGUCAGGUGAAUGAGAAGCGCUACUACCCAGCACUGAAGACACUUGAACUGCUGGAGAGUGAGCACCUGCCCAAGGUGGCGAAUUAUCGUUUCACAGCACAAAUGAGGAGUGCCGUGCCGAAGCUAAAGCAGAAGAUUAAGCAGUCUUCUGAGGAGGAUUUCCGGGAAUUUCUCGAGAAUAUCCGGAAGUUCUCACCGAAAAUUGGGGAGGUUGCUAUGAAUCAUACGCGUCAGAUGCAGCGUCGUACGUUGAAGUCCAUCAUUGAGGAGUAUCAGAGUAUGGAGAAGAAUGGAGGGGCAGCCGAUGAGGAAGAUCUCAGUGCUCAGGACUUGAUAGACUUCUCGCCGGUGUACCGCUGUCUCCACAUCUACACUGUGUUGAAUGAUAAGGAGUACUUUGAGAAUGAUUGGCGGAAGCAGCGUCGGGAUCAGGCUAAACUUGUCCUGCAGGCUCCACAGACAAUGCACGAUAAUCUCGAUGCAUACAAGACGUACAUCCAUUCCAUUGUGGGCUUCUUCAUUGUUGAGGAUCACGUAAUGAAUACUGGUGGGGAAAUUGUCACGAGGUCCUAUUUGGAUGAUCUGUGGUCCUCCUCCUUGACACGAGCUGUGAAUGUGCUGAGUAUGAGCUCUUCCUCGUGCACAGAUCCAAAUAUUUUGCUACGCAUUAAGAACCUCAUAAUGCUCAGUAUAACAACCCUCAAGACCUACGGGUAUACGUGCACACAACUGUGGGAUUUGCUGCUUGAAAUGCGUGAUCACUACAAUGAAGUUCUCCUGCAGCGAUGGGUCAAUGAAUUCCGUGAAAUUCUCGCACGUGGAGACUUCCUCCCACUCGAGGUGGAAGAUCAGGAGGAGUACGAUGCAAUUCUCGAGAGAUUUCCCUUCCAUUCGGAACAACUUGAAAGUCAGGAGUUCCCCAAGAAGUUUCCCUUUUCCCAAAUGGUGCCUGAGGUUUAUCAUCAAGCCAAGGAGUUCAUGUAUGCUUGCAUGAAGUUCUCAGAGGAGCUUUCAUUGUCACCCAAUGAGGUGGCUGCAAUGGUGAGAAAGGCAGCAAAUCUCCUGCUAACACGAAGUUUCAGUGGUUGCCUUUCGGCAGUUUUUCACAGCCCCAGUUUGGCUCUUAUGCAGGUUAUUCAAAUUAUAAUUGACACGCAAUAUUUGGAGAAAGCUGGUCCAUUCCUUGAUAAUUUCGUGUGCAAGAUGACGGGAACAAAGCAAAAUAUAAGUCAGGCUCCAUCAGCAAUGUUCCACGUUGCUCGUGCUGAGGCUGAAAUGCAGGUUUCCGAGAAACUCUGCUCGAAGCUCGAUGAGUUCUUUGAGGAGCUCGAAGGGUACGAUUGGCUGCUGGCUGAACCAAUUGGGCACGGAUCACCCUUCAUCACGGACAUGAUUGCCUUCCUGCAGAGCACCUUUCAGAGUUUCAGCUCACUCCUACCCAAUGUGGCACAGGGUGCGUGCAAGAAAGCCUGCGAGCACAUUGCAAAUGCAAUUCGCAAUUUACUCCUCAGUGAGGAUGUUAAGCAAAUUUCCACGGGAGCCCUGCAGCAGAUCAGCUUGGAUUUGAUGCAGUGCGAGGUGUUUGCCGUUAGUGACCCAGUCCCGGGCUUGAAGGAGGGUGAACUCAUAAAGUACUUUGCGGAGUUGCGGCAACUCUUGGACUUGCUACUCAGCGAGGAGUGGAGUGCCUAUUUGCAUGACUAUGGGAAGGAUGAGAAGCGGUAUUCGUUGGUGCAGCCAACGACGAUAAUUAUCAUUUUGGAGAAGAUUCGAGAGGCCGACAAGAAGACAAUGUUCAGUGUGCUGAAGAAGUCGGAGCGUGACAAGAAGAAACUCCUCGAGACUGUCCUCAAGCAACUCAAACAGUUGGCUGAAAAGCAAAAUUAAUGAAAUUCAUGUGAGUAAAUUUCAUUAUACUGCAACUUGCUCCACAUUCUUCGUUUGUAUGUUUUAUUUUUUUUUUGUAAUUCUCCAAACUACGCUACUACCCCCCGUCCUACUACACUCAAACACCGGAAAAGUAAUUGAGUAGCAUUUAAUUAAGGGAAUCCCUGCUGCAAGAGAGAAAAUUGUCUAUUUCAGCAGAAAUUGCACAUUCAAUGUGAUGCUCACAGUUUACAUUACGCAGCUAUUGCAAUUGAGUUAAUUGUAUUCGGUGGCCCUUCAGUGGAAAAUGUUGCAUUUGGAAUUAGUUUUCUCUCGUUUGCUCUUGCAGUUUUUUUCUUUAAGGCGAAAGCUUAAAAAGAAUUUUAAAUUUUCAGGAAUUUAAUUUCUCUUGAGGUGCCUGAUGAAGGAUCUCCGCAGAGACGAAGGCUUUGGAAUGAUUUGCGAAAAAAAAUUUUAAUGUGUUAGAAUUAAUUCUGUUAUAACAAUAAAGUUUAAGUAAUUUAAGUGAUUUAAUGUUUGAAUUCUAAUUUUUAAAUAAAAAAAAAUAGCAAAAGAAAUUGAUAAAGAAA